CGUGUGCGGAAAUGGAUCCCUGGCAGACAGUCACUUUUUGGGACGACACCUGUCCAACCUGGGACCUAACCUGAGAGCGAGACGUUCGCGAACUUGGGCGACUGCACGCGCGCUGACCGGUUGCGAUGGAGACCGAGGCCGAGGCGGGGGCGGCGUCGGGGGGAGCGCAGCAGGCAGGUGGCGCACCGGGAGAAGCGUCACCGCCGCCGCCGCCGAGCUACACAGCUGCUUGUUGUCAUGGAGGAGCAAAGAUGGCGGUCCUGGCCUACAGCCUGGGCAAACGCGAAAUAAACCAACAUUUCACCAUUAAAAAUGCUAAAUUAAUUUCGCUGACCCUCGUUAGCUUCCUGCUUGUUAUCCACACGGCCUCGCGAUAUUAUGAAGGAGGGGACUCAUGUGAAUGGCUGCUGUCUAGAGGACGGUACCUGGGGGAGAAUGUAUGGCAGCCGCAUGGCUGUAUGAUGCACAAAUACAAAACCACUGAAGCCAAAACCUGCCUUGCUGCAAAGCGAGUGGCCUUUAUUGGGGAUUCACGAAUCAGGCAGCUUUUUUAUUCCUUCAUUAAAAUAAUUGAGCCUCAGCGAAAAGAAGAUGGAAACAAGCACGAGGACAUUUCCUUCCGGGAAGAUGCUGUUAAUGUGGACUUUCUGUGGUAUCCAGAGGCAAAUAAUUCCAUGAAGGAGCGUUUGAUAUCAUGGACACACGAAUCUUCAAAACCAGAUGUUGUCGUUCUCGGAGCUGCCACAUGGUCUAUCAAGUUGCACAGUGGCAACAGCGAGACUCUGCAGCAGUACACAGUCAACCUAACAGCCAUUGCUGUGCAUCUACAAAGGCUGGCUGAGUAUGGAGAAGUUUACUGGGUGUUGCAAGAACCAGUGAAUGAGGAAGUGUUGAGUGAGAACAGGAAGAUGAUUACCAACCAGCAGCUGGAGCUGUACAAUGAAGCAGCGGCAGGCGUGUUUAACAGCAUCAAACACAAUGGCAGGUCCCCUGUCAAGCUGGUGGCUGCUUCCCGUCAGGCUGCCCUGGAAACCAUUACUCAGUCUGACGACGGCUUGCACCUGCCCGAUAACACUAAGAAUGUGGGAGCCAUGGUACUGUUGAAUUCUGUAUGCAACAAGGUCCUAAGGCCCAUUGAUGGCUCCUGCUGCCAAACAGUACCACCCCCCAACCUACUCCAGAAACUGUCAGCGUGUUUCUUCCUGGGCUCAGCCCUGGUCUUGCUGGUCCUCCACCUCCUUGGCAACAACCGCCACCGUCGACCUGUACCCCCCGAUGUGGAGAGUCUGGAGGAGAAGAAGCCAGUAACUGCAGCUGUUCCCCUGGGUCCAAAGGCACCCUUUCAGGCUCUCUGCAGGAUGGGCAUCAUCAUGGGCUAUUUUUACCUUUGUGACAGAGCAGAUGUGUUUAUGAAGGAGCAGAAGUUCUACACACACUCUACAUUCUUCAUCCCUCUAAUCUAUAUAUUUGUCCUGGGAGUGUUUUACAAUGAGAACAGCAAGGAGACCAAAUUACUGAACCGAGAGCAAACAGAUGAGUGGAAAGGCUGGAUGCAACUAGUUAUUCUAAUCUAUCACGUAUCUGGUGCCAGUGCUUUUAUUCCAGUGUACAUGCACGUGCGAGUGUUGGUGGCAGCGUACCUUUUUCAAACCGGCUAUGGACACUUUUCCUUUUUCUGGCUCAAAGGAGACUUUGGACUCUAUCGAGUUUGCCAAGUGCUGUUUCGUCUGAACUUCUUGGUCUUGGUACUGUGUGUGGUAAUGGAUAGACCCUACCAGUUUUAUUACUUUGUCCCUUUGGUCACUUUCUGGUUUGUCAUCAUCUACGCUACAAUGGCCAUGUUGCCUCAGAUCAUUCAGAAGAAGGCCAACAGUAUGUGGCAUCUCCUCAUCCUGGCAAAGUUACUUGGCCUCCUGCUUUUCAUCUGCUUUUUUGCCUUCUCACAAGGUUUUUUUGAGAGCAUCUUCUCUGUGUGGCCCAUUUCCAAGCUGUUUGAGCUGAACGGGAGCAUUCAUGAGUGGUGGUUCAGAUGGAAGCUCGACCGAUUUGCUGUAAUACACGGCAUGGUAUUUGCCUUCAUCUAUCUGGUGCUUCAGAAACGCCAGGUGUUGUCUGAGGGCAAAGGGGAAGCUCUCUUCUCUGCCAAGAUUUCCAGCCUACUCCUCUUCCUCUCUGUCGUCUUCUUCAUUACCUACUCUAUAUGGGCCAGCAGCUGCAAAACCAAAACAGAGUGCAAUGAGAUGCAUCCUUACAUCUCUGUGUUCCAGAUUUUGGCCUUUAUCCUUAUCAGAAACAUUCCUGGAUAUGCCCGGUCUAUAUAUAGCUCAUUUUUCGCAUGGUUCGGAAAGAUCUCCUUGGAGCUGUUCAUAUGUCAGUACCACAUCUGGCUGGCAGCGGACACCAAAGGAAUUUUGGUCCUAAUUCCAGGCAACCCUUCGCUCAAUAUAAUGGUCAGCACCUUCAUCUUUGUGUGUGUGGCCCAUGAGAUUUCCCUCAUAACCAAUGACCUGGCACAGGUGGUCAUCCCAAAAGACAGCGUGGCCCUGUUGAAGAGACUCGGCGCUGUCGGGCUUCUCGGUUUGCUUGUUUGGUUGCUCACUAAGGACAGUCGACCCACACGUGGUGCCUGAUUCCCAAUCCUUGAUUAGGGGGCACAGCAGUCCUGCCAAACCCCUCUGGAGGUUGAAUUAAGGUACAGACCAUGUCAGCAGCAGUGAUGCUCUGGUGGCACCAUGAUGCCACGCACAGUUCUGUUGAGGGCCAGCACUGAACCCAUGGGACUAAAGGAGUUAGUGUCACCUCUGGCCGUGUUUCUGCAGAGCCUGUACAUGGCAAUUGCUGUGACAGUCACACACUGAAGACGAGGACAAACGCCAAACGAAAAUAGUCAAAUUCUAAUUUCAGAGUUUAAAUGUUAAAAAACAAAAAAAGAAAGGAUAAGUUUUUUUGAUUUAUUUACCAGAAGAGUGAAGGAGGUCUGAAUUUUAUUCGAAGCUAGAAGAUAAACAGAAGGGGGUCAUCAUCUCAUUUCAACACUAUAUGGUCGCUGUGUGCAUUUUUGCAGCUUUGCUUCUACUUAGGCAAACCUACUAAUAGGAGGAUCAUUCUGUCACAUUCAGUUCUUUGGUGGAAGGGAAACCUGGGCGCACACUCGUGGCAGUAGCAGUUGAAGGUCCUUUUACUCAGGUGGCUCCAUAGCCCACAUAUUCAGAUAUCGACCUGUUGUGCUGCAAUUACCAUUACUUUGUAGUACGGUACAAUCAUUUUGGUGAUUUUACAAAUAAUGUUGGAUAUCUAAAUAUGCAAAAUAUGGACCAACAAGUGGUUCAAGUGAUCAAACAGUACUAAUUUGGAGUGCAAUUGUUAAGACGUUGGACUAUCCCAUGACACAUUUUUUCUGAUGUUAUGUUUUUGUGAUUUUAGAAAUGUUUGCCUUGUGCUAAAAUAUAUUGUGGUCACCUGCUGUAGCUCUGAAAUUCUAUGUCAUAUGUACAGUAUUUAAUGAUUUAAAUUAAGUUUAUAUUUUAUACUUUAUUGCUUUGUUUAAUUUUGUACUUUGCGCCUACGACUGCGGUUUGUGAAGUAUUACAUUGAUUAUUUUUGUACCCACCCAACACCCACUAGCCGCCUCACAGACAUUGCAGAGGUUGAGCCUUUACAGACUGCUGUCCUGAUACAGUUCACUUCAUUGUCUGCUUAUAUUAGUAUGAGUGAAAGACCUCCAACUUCAUUGCUGUUUAAAACAUCCCUCAUGGCUACUAUAUAGUCGAAAAUGCUAUUUUGCAGCACAGCUAAUUGUACGUGUCUCCUUUUGACUAACGAGUGAGUGAAUAUGUGAUUUCUUAAACUGAAUGCCUUUUCUCAGUGGCUUAAACAUGCAGUACACCUUCAGAUGUACUUGAUCACAUCUGUGAUGUAGCCUGUGAUCACAAUCUUCCGUCUUUAGGCACUUUGCAUCAGGGCCACAGCAAACUUUAAAACCGCCACUUGCUAAUGCACUGACUGAGCUGAGGAGACAUAUUACUGUUGCAUAAACUAUUUUAUAUUUUGUCACUGGACAAAUGGACAAUGUUGCCGCCUGUUUAUCCUCACACACAACAAAGAGAGAAUAGCACUUUUCCUUUGAGGCUUGCAUUUUUCUUUUUAUCUUCCCAGUGAAAAACAUUGUUUAAAAUGGUCCUUGUGCAUAUGUUUCCUGUACUUUAGCACAUUUUAAUUGGGUACAGCAAAUGUUUUGGUCAGGUGACUAAUCAAAAAUGAUUCUAUGAUCAGAUCUGAGUUUGUACUGCUUAUAUAUUUGGGGUUCUUGCAGUGUAAAAUGUUCCUAUAGGUUUUAUGUAGCUUCUUUAAAAGCCAAGCAAAGGGUCCAUGAGGUGAAUUGUUUUUUCCUUUACAGUGGCACAAUUUUGUCUACAGGUAGGAACUUUCUCCUGUCAUUUAUUCAGUUAUGUACAGUUUGAAUUGUGGUCUCAAACUAAGUAAGAGCCAAGUAAUUUGUAAUUUCUAUAACCAGUCAUCACCUCAUUGUAUAGAGUAUGGAAAUUCCAUGGUGCAGUUUCCAUUGAUGUGUGAAGUUUACUCUUGGUUUUCUGUUCUAUUACAGAUAAACAGUAAAUUUGACAAUUGUUUCAGGCCUUAAUAUAUCUCAUAGGUCAAAAGCAACAACUAUUUAUACCCCUGUGCAGGGCCUCUUUGAAAUAUGAGACAUGUUACAUAAAUAUGUCAAUUUUGUGAUGUCUUACAAAUGUGAAAUGUAUCCAUAUUAUUUAUAAAUGCCUUUCUUCUGUUGUACAUUGUUAAUAAUACGUUCAUAAAAAGUUCA